UGAAAUGGUAACUUCUCACAUUAUUCAAAUAGUAACCGAUCAAUGACAUCAAUGUAGACGAAGUGCUCAGGGGAUUGUCAGCAGUCGAAGGGGCGAAUGGCUUUGUGAUAUUCAAUCAGGAUUGUAAUUUAAACCGAAACCAUCUUUUUAGGCAUUCCAUUGAAAAGAUCAGAAAAAAACAUCACUUAUGAAAAAGCUGUCCACAUGUCUGCCUUGGUUGCUGAUUUAUGGAAUGUUACUAAAAAAUGCAUCUAAAGAGAAUUGCGAAGUCAGGAUGUAUUCAAUUUAUUAAUGUCACAAGAACGAUCUUGAAAUCAUUCGAAUCAGAACGAAAGCUCAAUCAGAAUACAUUAUUUCUUAACGUACUAUAAUACAUUCAUCAAUUAGAGGGCGAUUACACUAUGAUUGGGAUACAAUUAUGCGGCAAAGCUAUUGAGGAAGCCAAAUAAGCUGCGGCUGCCGAAGCACAGGCUGCAGCUGAGGCAGAAAAGGCUAAAAAGGGAGACAAAGAAUAAAGCUGA